GUGUUUCCUCUGCUGCCUUGUUACACUCAAAGUCCCUCCGUGGCCACAGAGACUGCUUUGAGAAAUGUCACCUCAUUGCCAACCAGAAGCUGUCCCAUUCCAAGGUCUCUCGAAGUGCCUAUGAGGGCAUGAAGCUGGCCCUCAGCCAGAAACUGAACCGUAUCAUCCAGUUUGCCCAGAACAAAGACUCUGUCUCCUCCAACGGCUGCCCCAGACGAGGGCCAAAGCUUCUUUGUUACAGCCAGCAGAGUGACCGCAAGCUGCUGCCACAGACUGAUGCCCAGGUGCCCCGCUAUGCCCCCUGCUGGGACAGGGGCAAAGCAACGGGGCUGCCUGAAUAUACAAUGAGGAUGCUGGAAAGUCAGACAGCAGAGGAGGUGGAGCUGCUUGAGGCGUCGCAGUCUGAUGCUUGGACCAGCGACGGCAGGAGAGGCUUGCACAGCUGGAAACAGUCAUCAGGAGGGCAGACACCGCUCAGACACCAGGGGCACACCAGUGAUGAAUUGGGUAAAAUGAGUGUGGAUGAGCUCCAUCAGCUGAACAGCCAGCUACUGAAGCAGAUUCAGAAGGUCUUUGAGGAGCUGACGGCCGUCGUGCAGGAGAAGGAUGCCUUGGCGUCUGAGCUGCACGUGCGCCACGUUGCCAUCGAGCAGCUCUUUAAGAACUGUGCCAAAUUGCCRUGGUUGCACAUCAGCAGGGCGGGGGUGAAGGCCAGCAGCAGCAGCGGCGGCAGUGGUGGUGGUGCUGUGGAAUAAAUACGAUGCUGGAAGACAGCAGCAGGUUGCAAGACAGACUUUCUGAAUCUGCUGCUGGGACAAAGUUGAAUCCUUCAGCUUACAGAAUGCAGCUAGACCAAAAAAAGACCUGGAUAGUGACUGACUCUUACAACACUAUGAUGACAUUGGGUUGUUAAUUCUGUAUUAGCACAGCAUUAAGGGCUUUGGUUGACCCACUCUGUUUUCAUGGUGGCAGUGGUGAUGUAAGGAUUUAUGGUGGACUGCAAAUGAAUUGCUGGUCUGGCACGUGGCCUGAAUUCCACCCAACCCAAGUACCCAGGAUGUGACUUAAUUAAAGGUGGCACAGAGAAUCCUGGUCUUGAAACUGGAUGAGGAUCUGUGCCUUGUGGACAAGGGAGGAAAAAAAAUGCUUGCAGAUUUUCAUUUAAAAUCUACUUUUCAUUUCUUUUUUAUUCUUUGAAAUUAUGUUUUUAUUGUUUUAUUUCUUUAGAUACAUUUCUACUUUGAUGUUUUUGUAUUAGGUUGUAGAGUAAAAUGAGCUUUAGAAUUGGUAACUGCUCUUCAUUAUGUUGUCAGAUCAUUUGUGAGGAGCGGUGUUCUAUGCUGCUGCAAACUGAACCAAAUGUCUCAUGUUUGGAGGAUUCUGUUGAAGUUUGCUGUUCAUCUCCAACAGUGUCGGUCAUUGAAAUGUCCUGGAGCUGCUCAGAUUGGACCUGGUAGUUUAUGAAAACUGAUCCUCUGAAAUGUUUAGGAUUUUCUAAAUCAAAGUGAUACAGCGUUUAGCUACAGCUACUGAAAAAUAUGCAAACAAUUCUAAUGAAAGUGUAAUUUUAUUAGAGAUAUUUUAAAUGGCACAAAUGGGUUUAAUCUGAAAGAGAGAAAAAAAUAAUGCUCAAAACUGAUUGAGUUCCUUUAACGUGCAUUCUAGAAGAACAAAAUGCUAGUUGUAUGUUGUUUUGUUUUAAUAACGAGAGUACUCAGAAGAUAGUUUAUAAGCAGCAAAUGGAAACACUUGUGUGGCUUAAAGAGAAAGGUUUUAGUUUAGCUUAGAUUUUAUGUUUGUAACUGUUUCUGCUUGGAUUUACUUGAUAUUCAGUAUAAAACUGUUCGUCAUGUAGCCGUCAAGCACAAGUCUUCAGGAUCCCAUUGGGCUGUGACCGUUGGAGGCUCGCUGCCAACUCUGAAUUACUAGAAAACUGACAUUUUCUUGUUGCAGUCUCACUGAUGACUGAGUUUGCGAUCAAACGACUAGCGAGUCAUCUGACCUCAUUUUGAGCUGCAAGUUUUAGAAAAUCACAGCUUAGUUUCAUGUACACGGCUAAGCUAAGCUGUAUUAGUGGCUCUGCGCAUUAUUCUAACUUUAUACCCAACUUGGUAGCCACACACAUGUUUAUAAAUGAAUCUGCUGGAGUGCGCUUUGGAAGUGAAGGUGGGCUGAUUUGGACCAACGCUUCAAUAAUUAUUCAUAAUCAUUGUGUUUUCUAGACUUGGAUGUUUUGAUUGUUUUAUUUUGUCAGAAGAGAGUUCUGGUACAGGUGUCAGAAAGCAGCUGUAGCUCUCUUCAGAUGGGUUGGAGAUGACUCCAACAAAAUCACGACAGGUUUUAAUAAACCUGAGACAAUUCUGCCAUGCUUUUGAGAGAAAGUCAGUCGUGCAAACAUUGAAAUAUAUUCCCAAUUUAAGCGAUAACAUUGUGAACCCAUGCAACCCGAAGGAGGAAUUUUUCAAGACAGUUCGAAACUUCCUUGCAAAUAUUGUAUACAAACUUGUCACCAACAGUCGCAGUCCACUGAGAUACUACACUCGUGGAUGGCUUUUCACUAAAUGAGCCCUGUCAGAAGAGGAAAACCUGAACUACUGAAAAUGAAAUUAUGCUGCCAAACCAAAGUGUAUUUCUCUAUUUUCAACGUGAACCACAAACAAGCAUUUGACAGCAACAGAUGAUGAUGAUGCAAUACCAAACUGAUUUUAAAAUCUACAAAACAGAUUUUGCUCUGAGGGUUACUGCAGAAAUGACUUGUUUUGGAGUGUCGAGAGCAAUCUGAACAGGGCAGAUUGGUCUUCUGUGCCUAUGGAUGUCUAACCUUUGAGUAAAGGUAAACAAAGACAGAAGUUUGGACCCUAUGCAAGACAGACUAAAAAUCAGAAGCCUUAUUGAGUGAGAAUCUUUGCUAUCUGACCGUUCCUCUGAGGAGAUCACAGAACCAGAGUUUUGUAAGCUUCAUCUAGGAAAACAAGGUUAGAGUAGUUUGUUUAGAUAAACUCAGCAUUGUCCGUGUAUUUGCUCUCUUUGUAAGAGAUUACACAUGUUUGACCCGUUUAGGGUCUUAAAAACAAUUUAGCUUCAUAGCAUUGUUUUAUUUGGAUAAAUGUAUUCAGUAUGCCUGAGUGUUUGUGGAUAUUUUCAAUAUUUGUCCUUUAUUGCAGAUUUUUAAAUCAUUUAAUCCUUGUUCAUUUAGUUUGCAUUCUUUUAUUUUUCUCAUUGAAUGUGGUGUUUUGAAUGCUGUUAAAACAUGCCUGAACCUGUCUCUGCUCAGCAGGAAAAUCAGGCUCUGUGUUGGAUCAUAUUUGUGCUCUUGUUUUCAUUUUACCAAAAAACAGAAGCAUAUCUGUUACACUCAUGUCCAUUCUGGCCUCAUUGUUCUUUUUUUUUUUUUAUCAAUGCUGCAUUUGUGUUGUUUGAUGUUUCACAUUCUAUUUAUUGGGUGUGUAAUGGACCUUAUAAUGUUUGUGCUUGAGUUUCUUUUUUGUUUUGCUUUUUAAUAAAAUGAAAUGACAUUACCA